GCAAAAGGCACCAAUAGCCGCGCUGCGUUCAAGUCGACAACAACGUUGAACCUUGUUUGAAAUUUCGACCUCAGUAACAGAAGAACACCCGAAAGUAACUGCGGAAUAACCGUGAGGGGUUAAAAACUAUUUUUAAGAGCAUGCCAGUGUAUUUGUGAGGAGCAAAAGCAUCUUCGGUAAUCAUGAGUUGGGCUGUGGAAGAGUGGAAGGAUGGCCUUCCUGGAAAGGCCUUACAAAAGAUUCAGGAGAUCGAAGGCCAACUCGACAAGUUAAAGAAGGAAAGACAACAGAAACAGUUUCAGAUGGACUCACUUGAAGCGACUUUACAGAAACAGAGGCAAAAGAUGGAGAGUGAGAAAAGUGAUGCAGCUUCCCUUAAAAGGGAAAACCAGUCUUUAGUAGAGUCUUGUGAAAAUCUGGAAAAGACGAGGCAGAAACUUACACAUGACCUUCACAUAAAAGAGCAACAGGUGAAUUAUUUGGAGGGUCAACUUAACACCUCCAAGAAGCAGAUAGAAAGACUGGAACAAGAUGUCAAAAGAUACAAAAAUGAAUUGGAACGGUCCCAAACAUCACCUGCUGCUGAAAUCCAGCAGCUCAAUACGCCGCAAAAAACAUUUGCAACCCCUGCAACACCGAAUCAUUGGCAACAAGACUCGAGAAUAAGCGACUUACAGGAAAAAUACAAUCGAGAGGUUGAGGAACGUAAAAGGUUGGAGGCAGAAAACAAAGUCAUGCAAGUUAAACUUCUGAAUCAGUCUUCAGUGAGCCAUAAAGACAUUGCGCGGCAACAGUCAGGCUCCUCAAUUUUUCCUUGGCAACAAGACCAAAGUCUUCAGUCUCAGACUGCGAUGCAGACCCCGUCUAGGAGAAGAAAUGGACCCUCUGGUGUCUCGUGGUCUUAUGAUGACACGCCAAUAAAGCCCAACCAGCAGUUCACAUCAGCGGCUCAGAAUGACACCGCCGGCUCACAGCAGACGGAACAGCUUAAGAAUAUAAAUCAAGAUCUCAGGUCAAAACUUUCUGAGCUGGAGCUCCGUCUUCAGGCUCAAGAGAAAGACAUAAAAAAUCAGAUGAAUAAAUUCAGUGAAAUUCAGAGUCAACUCGAAAAGGCCAGGAAAGAUCUGUCAGAGAAAGACAAACUUCUGAGCAAGUCAAGAGAUGAACUUACAAAGGUGACGGGCCAGUAUGAGCAGUCAGUUUCCAAGUGUUCCUCAGUUGAGCAGAAGCUGAAGCAUGUAACAGAGGAAAUGAACUGUCAGAGACACAACGCGGAGAUCAUGCAUCGAUCACUGGAGCAGAAGAUCAAAGACCAGGAGAGAGAGAGUCAGAAGGAACUAGCACAACUUCAAAGUUCACAUCAGGCUCUUGACCAGCAAUUUAACCAGGUGAAAAAUAAAAUGAGUAUCGAGAUCCAGCAAGCCAAAAAAGACUACAAUAUUUUGCAAUCUGAUAUGGAUAAGGCAACUGCUCUAAAGAAUCGAAUGGAGAAAGAUCUUGAGGAGAUGAAGCAGAAACAUCUUAGGUCUGAGCAGGCACUUCAAGCCAGUCAGGUGAAAGAGGCAGAAUUAAAGAAGAAAUUUGAUGAGAUGCAGCGAGAGAAGAAUACUCUUAGUUGUCAGCUAGAACAAGGAAUGAAGAGGGUUACACAACUUGAAGAGGAAAAACAAAAUAUUGAGCAAAACCUUGCCAAAAAUCGGUCAAUGGUGGAUGAUUUAAAAGUUAAAACUCAAACUCAAAGUGAAGAACUGACUGAAAUUCGCAAAAAGAUGGAGCGUCAGAGUGCAUCAUCUGCUCAGGAGCUGGAACAUGCCAAGAAAAAUCUGGCUGAAAUUGAAGGGAAGAAUAUGAAGAUUCAGGAAGAAUUGCAAAAAUUAGUUAAUGAACUUGAACUUAAAGCUAAUAAGAUAUGUGCUGUGGAGAAAGAAAACGAGGACCUUAAAAUGACUGUGAGUUCAUGUCAAAGAGAAGUUGCUGAGAUGAAGAAAGAAUAUGAGGCUCUCCUGCAGUGGAAAUCUGAAAAAGAAGAGCUGGUUAAUAAUGCUGAAUCAACCCGUGAAGAAAUGCUGAAUAAAAUUGCAGACCUUGAGAGAGAUUUGGCUGUCCUAAAUAGUGCUCACGAUAGCCUCAACAAGAAGCUGCAAGAUUCUGAAAAUGAGAAGCUUUGCCUAUCCGGCCAGAUUGAUUCACUCAAAGGCGAACUUCUUAACAAGUGUGUGGAGCUAGAGGAGAAAGGUAGAGCAUACGAGGAGCUUCAACAAGAGUUUGGUGAAACGAAUCAAAAACAUAAUAAGGAGAUGGACAAUUUGAAGCAACAGAUCUCUCUACUGCAUGUAAAGGUGACCGAGCUUGAAGCUAAACUGCAUCAGGAAACGAGUAAGGUGGAGGAAAUGGAGCGAGCCCAUGGUCAACUCCUUGCAGAGUAUGAAAGUGCUUGCGACUUGGCUAAGUCAAAGGACUCCAUUAUUGAGAUGAACAGGACCGAGAUUGCACAUCUUCAGGGAUCUCUUUCUUCACAAGAGGAGGAGUUUGAAAAAUUUAAAGAAGAGAAAAGUAUGUUGGAAAAAGAAUACAAAGCUAGCCUUUCCCAAAAGAAAGAGCUGGAAGAGGCGAAGUUGAGCAUGGAAAAAUGUCAGCAGGAUGUGCUUGAUAAGAUUGCCUCCCUGGAAUCAGACCUGGCAACCCAAAAAUCUUCAAAUACAGAAAUCCAAGGAAAGUAUGAUGAUCUUUCUAAAAUUAAAGAAGAUCUAGAAGAAAAAGUGUGUUUGGCAGAAAAGAGGGAGAAGGAGCUUGUUAAUGAAGUUGAAGCUCUACUACAGGUGAGGUUGAACAUGGAAAAAGGUCAGCAGGAAGUGCUUGAUAAUGUUGCCUCCCUGGAGUUAGACCUGGCAACCCAAAAAUCUUCAUAUACCGAAAUCCAAGGAAAGUAUGAUGAUCUUUCUAAACUCAACCACGAUCUAGAAAAGAAAGUGUGUUUGGCAGAAAAGAGGGAGAAGGAGCUUGUUAAUGAAGUUGAAGCUCUACUACAGGUGAGGUUGAACAUGGAAAAAUGUCAGCAGGAAGUGCUUGAUAAUGUUGCCUCCCUGGAGUUAGACCUGGCAACCCAAAAAUCUUCAUAUACCGAAAUCCAAGGAAAGUAUGAUGAUCUUUCUAAACUCAAACAGGAUCUAGAAGAGAAAGUGUGUUUGGCAGAAAAGAGGGAGAAGGAGCUUGUUAAUGAAGUUGAAGCUCUGCUACAAAAGUGCAAGUCAUUCUGUUCUCUAGAAGAGCAGUUUAAUUGUCUUGCAGCGGAGGAAGAGCAAACUAAAAAUUCUCUUGUAAAAAUAAAAGAGCUUCAAAUUCAGACUGCCUCUGAGUUGGAAAGUCAGAAGACGAUAGCAGAGAAUCUUUCAAAUAAUAUCGAUGAAGAAAAAAGAAAGGCCUUAGGAUUAGAGCAGGAUAAUACAAAACUUAAAGUGAAGCUACAGGAGUUUGAAAAUGAAGCAAAGGAUCUGUCUGAGAAGUACGAAAGCCUCCAAAAACUGCACAGUGUUGUUUGCCAAGAGAAGGAAAACCAUCUUAAUCAAGUGGCCAUGCUUUCAGAAGCACUUGCUGAAAAAGAUGCCAUAAUAGAAAAGUCUUUCAUUUUGCAAACUGAGCUUCAGACCUCAAAUCAGAUGUGUGCCACUCUUAAGAAUUCACUAGAGAGUCUUCAGAAACUAUACGACUCUUUAAAGGAGCUGAAUGUAAGUCUGGAAAAAUCCUUGCAAGUCAGAUCUAAUGAACAAGCUUUAUUAGAGACGCAUGUCAAGGAGCUCACCGAAAGACACAACAGGGAAUCUGAAGCUUAUGCCUCUGAAAUUGAAGCUUAUGUGAAGAAACAAAAAGAUUUAGAAAGUCACAUUAAUAUCCUUGGGGCAGAAUUGGAUAGCAAACAUCUUGAGGUCAGAAAUGCUUCCGAUAAACUGGAAGAGGCUGCUUCUGAAAUGACAAAGUUGAAGCAAGAUCUUAACGUGUCUAAAAAUGAACUCAAGGAGGUGACCGAAUCCUAUCAGAAAGUUUCAAAGGAGCUUGAGAAUUUGAAACUGAAUGCAAUGCCACACACGCAGGAGCUGGAAAGUCUUAGAUCUGCUCUGGCAGUCUUGAAAAGCCAAGAGGAAGUAAAAUCCUGUGAAAUUAAAACAUUGAAAGAAAAACUUCAGGAGGCUCAAUCUGAGCACGCUAAAUCCCAAGAGGCAUUGAAAGAAAAAAACAUAAGCAUGAGCAAAAUCAAAGUGCAGCUUGAAAUGUUGCAAAUGGAUCUUGAAGACAAUGAAACAUGCCUUAGUACAUUUGAUGCACAAGUAGAGGAGCUACAGGCCAGCAACAGCAUUCUUGAAGCAAAGUUAGGUGAAAGCGAGGCCCAGAGAUCCACUUUACAAGCAGAACUUGAGUCUGUCAAAGAAGACUAUACAAGGAGCAUCCUUGAAGUGUCACAGCUAUCUGCAUGUUUAGAGGAAACACAGAAGGAACAACAAUCCAGUUCUACAUUAGUCUCCGAGUUAGAGUCUCUCCGGUUAACCAAUGAAAAGCUGAAAGUUUCCCUAGUAGAAGAAAAUUGUAAGCAGGCAAACCUUGAAUCAAUGUAUAAUAAUAUUAUAGAGCAAAAGCAUAAAUUAGAAUUGGCUUUCCAGGAAUCAAAAGCGGACGCUCGGAAUACUCGAGAGCAAAUGGAAAAAUUAAAGGAGAUAAAUGAUAGUCUGGUAUGUCAGAUUGCUCAACUCCAAUCUCACAUUGAACAGCUUCAGUCUGAGAGGAAUCCUACAGUAAACUCUGACCCAGACACACUGCAUAAAGAGCCCACACUGUGUGAGAACGACUCCGAUGUGUCGCAGGAUAUUUGUGAAAUGCCAUUUGCAAACACCUCUAUUUUGCCUUUCGAAGAAGAUUCUUCUUUCUUGGGUCCGUCUUCCUCUACUGAUGACCAACCUGGUUUCCAAAAAGAGGGCACAGAUUUGUCAUCGGAUGAGGAAAGCCAAAGUAAAUCUAAAGAGUUUGAGGAGGUAUCUGAUGUUCUUCAGAAAACCGUAGAGGAGCAGAUGGAGGUGAAAAUAAGGCAACUCAAAUCACAGCAUGCUAGGGAACUCCAGAACAUGGAAGAGCAAAUGUUCAUCAUCAAAAAUGAGUUGGAGGCUAAGCUUAAGGAUGAACAACAGCACACAGAGAUUUUGUCCGCGCAACUGGAGGCGACCAUGCAACAACUGCAGGAAUUAGACCUUGCCUCAUCUUCCUUGUUGGCACCUGAAACCUCACAGGGAGUGGAAACCAUUAAAUCUGAAACACAAGAGAAUGUAAUGCAGCAUCCAGAUCAGUCAACUUCAGAUACAAGCCCUGAAAAUGAAAAAUCACUUGUUGAACUUGAAGCAACAAAGGCAGCUUUACGUGAGCGAGAAGACGAGCUUCUACAUUUGCAGUCUCAGUUUGAAGUUCUGGCGUCUGAAAUGACAAUUAGGAAAGAUUUGUGCUCUGAGCUUGAGGCCAAAGUCCUUGAAGUGGAAGUAGAAAAGGCAGACUUCACAGAGAAGUUUAUGUCCAUCACUCAGGAGAACCAAAAACUGAACGACCAUAUUGUAGAACUGACAAAUGAGAUUAAUUCAUUAACAUUACAAUUACAAACCUCCAAUUGCCAGCUAUCAGAUGUUAUGGAAAUGAUGGAGAGCUUGCAGAUGGCAAAAGGUGAGUGGAAUGAGAAGUUCUUCCAGACUGAGAGCGAACUCAAGAGAGUACGGUCGGAGAAAGCCAAUCUGGAGAAGCACAUCCUCUCCAUGGAGGCAGACAUAGACGAGUUACAAGACCAAAAACAGAAACUAGCAGCAGAGCUUGAAGCAGCUAGGAAGACAAAUUGCAGCCUUGAACAACAACUUAACGUCACUGUGGCAGAAGGUGGGCAGCUUAAAGAAGAGCUUGACCUGUGUGCCGAGGAGAGGGAGAAUGAAAUUCAGUCCUUAAUGAAGUGGAAAGAAAAGGCUGAGCUUUUAGAGAAGAGAGACGCAGAUGCACGAGAACUAAUAAAAGUGCUAGAAGAUGACAUUAGGGCUGGAAAGAGACAAAAUGAAGCUGUCUCUGAACAAAUGAAUGUCCUGAUUAAAGGAAAAGACCAGCUUGUUCAACAGUUGGAAAACCUUGAGAAUACAGUCGCUCUUUUGAACGAAGACAAGAAAAAUUUACUAAUCGAUUUGAACAAUUUAAAGAACAACGACAACUGUGCCUUACAAGAGUCUGAAAAUAUGUCUUCCAAAAUCCAUUCCCUUGAGAAUGAAAACAUAAGGCUAUCCCAAUCCCUGGAAUCCUCCCUCUUGGAGAAGGGUGAGAUAGCCUCCAGGUUGAUUUCUACACAAGAGGAGGUAGCUCAGAUGAGGCGAGGCAUUGAAAAAUUAAAAGUAAAAAUCGAGUCUGAUGAGAGGAAGAAGAAUCACAUGAGUGAGCUGCUCAAGGCUGCGCAGAGAAAGGCAGAUGUUCUUCAGGACAAUAUUGACAAGCUAGAGAGAGAGAAAGAUCUUUCCGAUCAGAAUCUGGAAGAAGCGAUUCUUCAAGCAGAAUCCGCCAAAGCUGAGCUUGAGGAAAUACAGGCAGAACAGCAAGACCUCACCAAGAAGAUUGAAGAGAUGACUGGUCAGCUAAGAGACCUCAACGAGGAGAAAUAUAAACUUGAGCGAGAACUUGAACAAAAGAACAACCUCAUUGAGGAACUGCAGGUAUCCAAUCAACAAGCCUCAGAGAAGCUUAAAUCCGUUGAAAAGGCAAUGGAAGAAGCAACAGCCAGUCAACAAGACAUGAUCAAGGAUUUCCAAGCAAAAGUUGGUGCCAUAGAAGAGGAACUUCUACUUUGUAAAAAUGAACUAGAAUCCAGUGAGCUUAAAGUCCAGGAUCUUGCCUCUCAGUUGCAGUCUUUACAAUCCGAAAACAGCCAGUUUGCACAUAAAGUCCUUGAAUAUGAAAGGUGUAUGACAGAGCUCCGUUCAUCCAACCAGUUGCUCCUGAAAGACCUUGAAAACAGGCAAGAGGAGUUUAGCAAAGAAAAGGCACAACUUCAGUCACAGGUAGCUGAAUUCCAGGCAUUAUCUUCAGUUCAGCAAGAGAGAGAUGAGCUGCAAAAUGAGAAGGUUCAUCUGCAGUCUACAAUUGCACAGUUGGAGGAGAAAGCACAUAUGCAGUCGACCAGGAUUGAAGUCUUGCAGACGAGUGCUACAUCUCUGGAGAAUAAUAUCCAACAGCUGGAGAGCCAACUCAGUACCAUGAAGCUGAUGAAUGCAGAACUAACAGAAAAGUUAAAUGUACUCAAUGAAAGCAGUUCACAACUUCAGAUGAUACAUCAGCAACAACUUUGCGAGGCAAACGAAAAGCAGAACGCUUUGGAGAAUAAUCUAAAUCUAUUGACUUGUCAGCUGCAGGAGUCUCAACAACAAACUGAGACGUACAAGCUCAGCGUGGAAGCUCUGACAUUAGAGAAUCAGGGCCUACAGAAACAAUUAUCUGAAAUUCAAGAAACUCAUGAUGUUCGGGUGCAGGAGACCAACAGGAGACACGAGGAGAACUUGAAACAGAUAAGGCAGCAGCACGAGAUGGAUGUCAGCACACUGAAGGAGAAAAUGGCAGCAGCUGAGGAAAAGUCUGCAGAGUAUCUGUCAGAGCUCAACAGCUGCAAGACUCAGAACGCAGACGUGGUGUCCGCCUUAAAGGAGUUACGGAUUAAAUUGGAAACAUUUGAAAAGGACAAGGCAGAGUUGGACUCAAAAGUUGUGCGCUUAUCUAAGGAGAAGGACAGCGCUAUGAGCAAGAUCAGUUUGUGGAUGAAGUCUUGCAAACAGCUGGAGAGCGAGAAAAAAGCACUACAGGAAGAACUUGAACAGAAAGCAGCAAUUCAGCCUUUACAGAAACAAGGUGAUGGCGGCAGCAGUGAUGAUCUGCAGGAGGAGCUGCAGGAACUGAGAGAAGCUCUGGAGGAAAAGAGCCGCGAGGCCGAUGAAAGCAUGGACCGGUACUGUAGCCUCAUGGUUAAAGUUCACAAACUAGAAGAAACCAACGAAAGCCUCAAGAACCAGGUUAAGCAGCUGAACUCCCAAACAAAGACCUCCAAGACCAGGAGAUCCCUCAGGUCUGAAAAGAGCGACCUGGAGAACAGUAACCCUGUGGAGCGUGCAGGGAGUGUGCCGGCGGUGAAGAGGCAGAGAGCAGACGACACCCCCAACAAAGCACAAGAGGCUCUCCACAACAUCACCAAGAGACUCAAAGCUACGACUGCUACACCCAAAUCAGCCCAUGAUGACGAGGACUUCAGGCCAGAGGGGUUGCCUGAACUGGUGCAGAGAGGUUUUGCAGAUAUCCCAGUUGGAGAGAUGAGCCCGUUCAUCGUGCGAAGAACCACAGUGCAGCGGUGCAGCCCUCGUCUGGCUGCACGGUCGGCUGUGGGUCAGCAGAGCUCCACUUUAACUGAACUUCCUGUGCACAUCUCCAAACGGCCAGCAGAGGGCAGCACAUCUAACACAAGCCAGGUGCCCGAGGCAGUCCAGAGCAAUGCGGCUUUAAAAACCUGUGAAAGUCCUGUGACUGGUGCGGAGAAGAAAAUGUCCAGACGUUCUCGUAGCAUGAGGAAGACCCCUGAGAGACAGGAACGGGUCAACGUCACUGCACAACAAAACGACAACUGCCAAGUGCAGUGAUUGACCUUAUUGCUUUAAUGUUACUUUUCAGAACUCUAAUACUAUAUCUGCAAAAUGUUUUUGAGAUUUGGCUCAUGCACUGGCUUCCUAGCUUUGUAUAUAAUUUUCAAGGGCAGCUGUAUUACAAAUUUUUAGCAUUUCUUCUGUAUAUAUUUUCUUUCUCUUUUUUUACUAUUUUAAACACAACACAAACGAUUUGUUGUUAUUAACUCAAAAUAACUUCUUUGCUGCUUGUUUUAUACAACAAAAACAUAAUUACUCCAUGUUCACAUUAUGUUGUAGCAUUUCUGACUUCUUUACUAAAGUUCAAUCUACAU